UACGUGUGAAAUCUGUGAAUGAUCACAGAGGUCACAUGGUACAAGGCUAUUCACAACAGCCUUGUACCUUGUGACAAGUUGUGACCAAUCACAGCUCACUCAGUAGUUUUCAAUGGUUGCAAGAAUGCAGACAGAGAGAAAGAGAAAUGAUUGCUUUUACAUCCUAUGUGAGGCGCACGACUGCCCUACCGCGCGCCGCCAAUCGCGGCCUCGGGUGUCAAUCACCGGGUCCCGGCUGGUCAUUACCUGCCGGGUCCGGCGAUUACAGGCAAUCACUGACAGGGAGCACAGCUGCAGUGUAAACGCUAUA